CUUAAUUCCAUCAUUGGAUAGCACAUCUCCAUCCUCAUGCCAUGUUCAUUCAUUUCACAUUUCUAUCAUAAACCCAUUUAAAAUUGCUACCUUUAAAAGCCACAUUAUGAAUAAUUAUAACCCAACUCUUCAUCAAAGGCUAGCUGCUCCAAAUAAAAGACCUAGCUAGUAGUAGUUGCCUAUAAUGGAGGCAGCUCCUCCUUCACCAUCGAUUGUUGUUGUUGCAUUCGAUGCAACUAAGGACAAUAACGAACGUGAGCUUAGAACCACAAUUAAUAAUCUACGACUCAGAGGUGACAUUUUACGUGUUGGGGAUAGGCUUGUUAUGCUUGGAGUUUUGCAUAGAGUCACUCACCCUAUGGGUUACCAAACCAAACCAUGUCCUGAAUUUUUUUUAUCAAGUGUUCGUGCCAUGGAGGAAGAAAUCUCAACCAAGGUUGAUGCUUAUAUUAACAUGCUCCGACAAAGUGCUGAAGAUUGUGAAGAUUUAUGGGUAAGAUAAUAACACUUCUUUCAUAUUUAGGUGAGCAUUGAAGUUAAAAUUACAGCUGGAAUUCCCAUUAAGAAUGUUAUUCUACAAGAGGUGCUAACCUCUAAGGCCGCAUGGGUUAUACUAGAUAGGCACCUUGGACGGUGUAUGAAGUUGUAUGUUAACCAGAUACCUUGCAAGGUUGCAUUAGUUCAUGACAGCUUGUAUGUGGAAGUUUUGAGAAAUCAUACUAUAAGUGUAACGGAUGCCGUAGGACACAAGUCGUUUUAUUCCAUGUCGAAGCCUGUGCCCAUAUCAAACUUUCACGGGAGAGAAAAUAAGCUACCUACUACUUUAAAUAUUGUCCAAAAGCAACAAAGAAGUGCCUUCCGCAAUAAAUUCUCAGGAGCACCUCUUCUUUGUGUUGCUUGUGGGCUAAAGACUGAAUUGUAUAUCCAAGAUUCUAGGACAUUCACUUAUUCUGCGAUUCAACAAGCAACCGAUGACUUUUCCAACAAAAACUUGCUAGGAGAAGGUGGAUAUGGUCAUGUAUAUAAGGGUAAGCUUAAAGAUGGACAGCUGAUUGCAGCAAAGGUAAGGAAAAAAGAAAGUACCCAAGGAUUUGAUGAAUUUAAUUCUGAAGUAUCUGUCUUAAGUUUUGCUCGUCAUAAGAACAUUGUGAUGCUGCUGGGUUAUUGUUGCAAGGAGAACCUCAACAUUUUGGUAUACGAGUAUAUAUGCAACAAGUCUCUUGAUUGGCAUUUAUUUGAUAAUACAGAAAAUGUUCUUGACUGGCACCAAAGACGUGCUAUUGCAAUUGGCACUGCAAAGGGUUUGCGUUUUCUACAUGAAGAAUGCCGCGGAGGUCCCAUAAUUCAUAGGGACAUGCGUCCAAGCAAUAUACUUCUCACACAUGACUUUGUUCCAAUGCUUGGUGACUUUGGUCUUGCCAGAUGGAAGAUAAAUGAUGAUACUCUACAAACAAAAAUUCUUGGAACAUUAGGAUACCUUGCUCCAGAGUAUGCCGAGAAUGGAUUUGUUUCAGUGAGGACAGAUAUCUAUGCAUACGGGAUAGUUUUGCUACAACUAAUAUCAGGACGCAAAGUAAUUGAUCCGGAAAACAAAGGGAAAAAUUUAUCUCUGCGACAGUGGGCAGAACCAUUGAUUGAAAAGUUUGCGCUACAUGAGCUCAUUGAUCCUCGUAUUCGGGAGUCGUAUGACAAAUAUCAACUGUACCUCAUGGUCAAGACAGCUUACUUAUGCGUGCAAACAAGCCCUGAAAUGAGACCAUCAAUAGCGGAGGUUUUGCGCCUUCUUGAAGGAGAAAGUGAUAAUUUCAACCUCUUAAAGGAAAAGUUUGUGCCUCAUUAUACAAAGCGCUGA